AGUACAGUUCCUGUUUAGAAUUGAAGUUCAGAGGUCGAAAGGAACCACUUCCUGUAAUCGUCGCCGCAACGUGCUUGUAGUAAAAUACGCAAGAAUUUGUUUGAUUUUUAGAAGCGAGGAAGUACAUUAAAUACCUUAAACAUCAUCCACAGCGAUGAGUUUACCCUUGAACCCAAAGCCCUUCCUUAACGGCCUGACGGGCAAACCGGUGAUGGUGAAGCUGAAGUGGGGCAUGGAGUACAAAGGAUAUCUGGUGUCUGUGGAUGGCUACAUGAACAUGCAGUUGGCUAACACUGAAGAGUAUGUGGAUGGAGCCUUGGCUGGGCAUUUGGGAGAAGUGCUUGUCAGAUGCAAUAAUGUCUUGUAUAUAAGAGGUGUUGAAGAAGAGGAGGAAGAUGGUGAAAUGAGAGAAUAAUGGAGAGGCCUCGUAACCCGUCUGGAUGCGCAGUUUGUGUUUUCUAUUGUAGGUCGCAUAAAACAAGUGGGGCAACCUUACACUGGUCUGUUCAAUAACGACUUCUUUGGUGCAACACGGUGCUCAGAUACUCACAAUUAAAUCCAUUCAUACUCUCAAGAUUCAAUCUUCCCAUAAUGCAUUUUGACAGUUUGUCAGAAAACAUUGUGUGAUGGUCCCAGGCUGCAGGCUUGUGAAUAUGAAAAGAUUUGUUUGGUACAUUUGAGCCACUUGUACCGAGUAUUCCUGGAAACUUUAAUUGGCAGUGCAAUGUAAGGCUGUUCUCCUUGUGUUUUUGUGAUAGUGUUGGCUAUUUUGUGUAGCCUAAGUUUUUCUACUUUAUGUUUUUACUUUUUUUUUUUUUUUUGGAAAAUAACAGACCAAUACUGCUCUGUUGUGCCUGUAAUAGCACAAUGGUAAUAAAAUUGUACAUAUUGCACUUUUCACCAAUCUAUGUGGCAAAUUGAUUUAGUCAAUCUUACUUCAAGGGUAGAAUGUGCCAUGGUUGCCAUUUGUGUGAAUUAUGAAUUAUAGAGACACAAGACAUGUAAAGUUAAUACAGUUUAAUUACAGUGUAUAGGAAUGAUGUUACCUAUACUAGUCCAGCACAUUACCCAGUCAAGUUCAAAAUUAAUUGCUCCAAAUUUGUGUACUGUUAUGUAUGCAAGCCUCAGAUAUAGUAUACUACGCUCAGUCAUCAAAGGACUUAAUCAGUUGCUGACUGGACCAUGUCUGUAGGGACCCUACUUCGCUGGGUCACUGCACUUAGUGAGUUGUGCUGUUAAUUCUGCUGCAGAAGAAGAUUUUGGACAUUUUCUGGGCUUCUUAACUAAAAGAAGAACACUGUAUACCAUGGAAUAUGUUUGAAGUUUUUUUUUUUUUUUGGUCAGUGCUCAAUGUUCAUGCUCAAAAAUUAUUCUGUGAUCCAGUGAAUUUGCAUCUCUGCUGGAUGUUAUGGUGUGGGCAGUGUUUUUACAACGUUUUAAGUUCUUUGUGUCAUUGGCCAAGCCUAGCCAAGAUUGGUGUGGAGGUAUGGCUCCUUUGGGAUGAAAAGGGGUGUUCCCUCCUUUUAACACAUGGACCGUGUCGGCAUUAACAUUAAAUCUCAACAGAAAACCACACAGGCUGCAGCUCAUACUUACUGUGACAUGACAAAAGUGCUUUCCGUUUUGUUUGUAUUUUGAAAAUAAAAUGUUUUUUUGUAAAACCUCAA